AAAGUGACUCUCCUCUUCCUCCCCCUCUCUCUCGCCCUGUUCGCGGGAAACGAAGAGGAGAGAGAGAGAGAGAGAGAGAGAGAGAGAGAAGAGGAGUAAUGUAGUGUUAUUAUAUUAAAGGAAUCGAGAGGAGCUCCUUCUCUCCAUUCCCCUCCCUCUCCCACUCGCAUUGGAUUCAUCGCCGAUCCCUCGAUCCCACGCCUUUUUCUCAAUUGGAUCUUCGUGUUGUACAUGUUGUGUUGCUGAGAGAUUCUCCGCGCACGGGGUCUUUCGUCCUCUUUGAUGGAUCUGCUAUUCUCUUAGAUCCAAUCGCUUUGUUUGAUUCCUUUUGGAGCUUUAUUUCCCCCUCUUUUCUGUCGUUUAAGAAUUAGGGUUUGUUUCGAGGUUUUCGAGGGAGAAAUGAGGCACCUUGUGAUGGAGAGAAGAGAGAGUUGAGAGAUUUAGGGCAAUGUGGUGCGUUACGGGUGAAUAUGAGAUUAUAGCUCUCGAAUUGUUGUCAUUUGGUUGGGGGUGCGCGCGUAACUGGUAAAAUGGGUUGCUUUCCUUGUAUUAGCGCUCGGCGUAGGGAGAAGAACAAUAGAAUUGAGGAUAGCGCCGGCGCUCGAUCGAAUUCUCGCUUCCUCGUCGACUCCUCUGAGAAUGGGAGAAAGGAGCCAUUAAUUAGCGGGGAAAGGAACGGCUGCGCCCGGAGCUUCACAUUUAAGGAUCUCGCGAUCGCCACGCAAAAUUUUAAAGAGGCCAAUUUGAUCGGAGCCGGGGGUUUUGGUAGGGUUUUCAAAGGUCGCAUCGAUUCGGGAAAGGUGGUGGCGAUCAAACAACUUAAUAGGGAGGGGCUCCAAGGGAGCAAAGAGUUUCUUGUUGAGAUCCUCAUGCUGAUCAUGCUGCAGCAUCCAAAUCUCGUUAGCUUAAUCGGGUAUUGCGCAGAGGGAGAUGAGAGGCUCUUGGUGUAUGAGUACAUGCCCAAGGGAAGCCUAGAAGAUCAGUUAUUUGAUUUGACCCCUGCCAAAGAACCACUUGAUUGGAAUACACGGAUGAAGAUUGCUGUCGGUGCUGCAAAAGGUCUUACAUAUCUGCACGAUGUAGCAAAUCCGCCUGUGAUUUACCGCGACAUGAAGGCUGCAAAUAUUUUGCUGGACGAUGAGUUCAAUCCCAAGCUCUCUGAUUUCGGACUUGCUAAAGUUGCACCUGUCGGCGACAGGACACAUGUUUCCACCAGGGUGAUGGGAACUUAUGGUUACUGCGCACCUGAUUAUGUACUGAGUGGUAAGCUGACUCUCAAGUCUGAUAUAUAUAGCUUCGGGGUGCUUUUGUUAGAGUUAAUCACUGGGCGAAGGAUUUACGAUGCAUCAAAGGUCGGAGCAGAACAGAAUUUAUUGACAUGGUCGCGCCCUUUCCUCAACGACAGGAGGAGGUUCUCACAACUGGCUGACCCCACGCUGCAAGGCCGGUACCCACCACGUGCCUUCCACCAAUUGGUCGUCAUCACCUCAAUGUGUCUCCAGGAGCAGCCCCAUGUUCGCCCCAUCAUUGGAGACGUGGUUGUGGCCCUUAACCACGUCCAAUCCCAGCCGUACAUUCUUGAGCCCACCUCAAACACCACAAGUUCCCCUUCUCGUGCGCCUUCACCUCGUUCUGCUGAAACCCCGUCUAGAAGACGCAGAGGUAGAAGAGGCUCUCCAUUCGAUUAAAGCUACAGUUCUAGACUGGAAAAUUUACUGAACAAAUCAAAGGAGAUGGGGGAUGGCAUCCUACAAGCUUUUUUGUAGUAUAUUUAUUAGCUUUAUGAAGCAGGUGAUUGUGUCGAAAGAGAAAAAGUUUCAGCUGUUUUUUUUUGGUUCCUUUCAACCUGGAACGAUCGAUGUAUGUAUUCCAUUUAGAACUGGUCGUGCUCACAGGAUUUGUAUAUAUAUCGCUUUUAUAUAAAAUGGCUUUUCGGUCCA